UGCUAUGAGUGCUGCUUCGUUUUCUAUCAUUAAAUGUGGAAUUAUCGUGCAUUUUGUGGGCUGACGCGAAGCGUCGUGUCCUCGGGGAGGCAAACACGUCGCUUUCAAUCCUACAUGUCCCACAUACAUUAUUCCUAGUGCCGAUUCAAUGAAAAGAAUCGGCCUCAUCAACAGUGGCUUGUGGGUAUACACACCCCGACGCGAGACUCCAAGUGAUUUUAUGGCAUAUCGAGCUUUUUUCUACUCUUCUGAGAUUUUUUCUUUAGCGCUUCAAAUACGAAUAUGGUCGAUAAAAAAUUACAAGAUAUUUGCCGCUUUAUUGCCGGACUCACAAAUCAAAAUGCCGGUCAUCAUUAAAGUGUUUUUAUGCAAGGGGUGUUAGUGGUGGUAAUGAUCACCUCUUCUCACCCCACAUUUUUCUCGUAAAAUUUGUGCAUAUAAUUAAAUUAUUGUCAAAGUAUUCAAUAAUUGGUUUAAAUUCGUGUAUUAACUAUAUUUUUAGAAAAAACAUGUAUAAAAUGAACGUGAAAUGUGUAAAAUGUGUAGUGUUAAAAAAAUAAUACAAAGUGAAUAUUAGAUUUUCAUCAUUUCUUAUACAUGCUUUUUUAGCUUUUUUAUGUUGAACUAAUAUUCAAAGUGUUUUAUAUUAUUUGUGAUUUUAUUGAUAAAAUAUUACAUUAAGAUUAUAAAACAAGAAGGUAUUUAAUUUCCAAAAAGGAAAAGAUUAAGAAGAGUGUGAAGCCAUAUGCCGCCAGCCGGGCUAUCGGCAAGAGGCUUGUCUACCUUGAUGGACCACGGACAACCAGAUGCUCGUCAUCGGAGCGAGCGAUUUUUAUUUCAUUCAGAGAAUGGAUCCUCUAAUUCUCAUAGUCCUAAUACAACCAACUCAUCUCCACGAUAUCAACAUAAUAAUAGAACAAAUAAUCAUUCCACAAGUUACGGAUACUUGUAUGGGCGUACAUCUAGUAACAAUAUGUCUGAUAGUAGUGUUUCUGAUACACAUAGUGGUGGUACAGCAAGAACUGUUUCUCAACAGACUAGUCCAUCUCAUGGUACACAUUCCUCUUCUCAAUCACGACAAGACAAUAGUUCAACAAUUUUCACAGCAUUAUUUGAUUAUGUUGCCCAAGGUGAAGAUGAAUUAUCUUUACAAAGAGGUGAAACAGUUGAGGUCUUAUCUAAGGAUUCAAAAAUCUCAGGUGAUGAAGGAUGGUGGACUGGUAAAAUCCAUGGAAAAGUUGGUAUUUUUCCAGCCAAUUUUGUUGCAGAAGCAGAAAGUAUUGAUCAAGUCUCAUCGGUAAUUGAUAAAGUUCAACCAGUUGAAAUUGAUUUUGAAGAAUUACAGUUAGAAGAAGUGAUUGGAGUUGGUGGAUUUGGAAAAGUUUAUAGAGGAUUUUGGCAAAAACAUGAAGUGGCUGUGAAAGCAGCCCGUCAAGAUCCAGAUGAAGAACCAAGUGUUACAUUAGAAAAUGUUCGACAAGAAGCUAAGUUAUUUUGGUUAUUGAAACAUGAAAAUAUUGUGCAAUUAGAAGGAGUUUGUUUAAAAAUGCCAAAUAUGUGUCUCGUAAUGGAAUAUGCACGAGGUGGUAGUUUGAACAGGGUUCUUAGUGGUAGAAAAAUCAGGCCUGAUGUACUUGUUGAUUGGGCAAUACAAAUUGCUCGUGGCAUGGAUUAUCUUCACAAUAAAGCACCUAUAAGUCUUAUUCAUAGGGAUUUAAAGAGUUCCAAUGUGUUAUUGAGUGAGCCUAUAGAAAAUGAUGAUCUACAAUAUAAAACUUUAAAAAUAACAGACUUUGGACUAGCAAGAGAAGUUUAUAAAACAACUCGUAUGUCAGCGGCGGGCACAUAUGCUUGGAUGGCACCAGAAGUUAUUAAAAAGAGUACUUUCAGUAAAGCCAGUGAUGUUUGGAGUUAUGGAGUACUUUUAUGGGAACUUUUAACUGGUGAAACACCUUAUAAAGGAAUAGAUGCUUUAGCAGUAGCAUAUGGAGUUGCAGUAAAUAAACUUACAUUGCCCAUUCCAUCAACUUGUCCUCAACCUUGGAGAUUUUUAAUGGAAGCUUGUUGGGCAUCUGAUAGUCAUUCAAGACCAGGAUUUGCAGAAAUUUUAAUAGCAUUAGAUGAAGUACGUAGUGCAUUUGCAGCAACACCACAUGAAUCAUUUCACACAAUGCAAGAAGAUUGGAGGCUUGAAAUUGAACAAGUUCUUCAUGGAUUGCGCAUGAAGGAAAAGGAACUGCGCUGUAGAGAAGAAGAAUUGACAAAAGCACAAGUUCAGCAACGACAACAUGAAGAAAACUUAAGGCAGCGAGAACAAGAAUUAGCUGCCCGAGAAAUAGAUUUAUUAGAGCGUGAACUUACUGUAAUGAUAAUUCAACAACAAAAUACUCCUACACCAAACAAAAGACGUGGAAAAUUCAAAAAAUCGAGAUUAAAAUUAAAUAAAAAAGAACCAGGAAGUAAUAUAAGCGCUCCUUCCGAUUUUCGUCACACAAUAACUGUUCAACAUACAGCAUUAGAUCGAGGAAAAGUUCGAAAUCCAUCAAGACCUAAUAGUCCACCAGGCUCACCUAGUAUUCCGAGACUUCGUGCAAUUGCAUUACCAGCAGAUGGAGUAAAGGGUAAGACUUGGGGGCCAUCAACACUUCACCAACGUGAACGUGGAGCUAUUAUCACGCAACCACCAAAUCCCGCAUCUCCAGGUGGCAAACGAUGGUCUCGUUCUGCUCCAGAUCUAGAAAAGACACCCCUACGUACCGCUCUGUUGGCACAUCGUUCCCCGCUUCUUCAAGAAAUAGUAACAGUCCUAUAUUUUCUUUACCACAGGCCUUUCAGAGGAAAGCAUCUAUCCCACUCAAAUUUGAUUAUUUUUGUAGACUAUACAACUUUACCACCUGAUCUCUCAACUGAUUGGAUAACAUCAGAUUAUCCUUUGAAGCCUGGAUUAACUGGACCUUACAUUAUGCCAAUGCCUGUACCAAUGCCAACUCUUUACAAUGGAGAAAUGAAGAAGCCAAAGUUAAGUGUAAUAGAAUUGGUUUUAUAUAAUAUCGCAGCUAUGUUAGCUGGAGUAGCUACUGGAUAUGAUGUAAGAAUGUCAAACAUAUCUCCAAUUCAUCCAAGAUUAUAUCCACGACUUGGUGAAUGUGAAGAUGAACCUCCACGAUGGUGGUUUCAAACAGAUACUGGAUCAAAUCGUAAUUCCAGUUAUCUUGGACCUGAUUAUGAAUUUAGUUCAAGUAGUGGUUAUCCCCAUAAUACAUACCAUGGACCAGCUAGGCAUUACAGACCAUUUUUAAGCAACAUGGGUGGUAUAGCACCUGGUCUUCCACCUAAUGUGAUACCUGAUAAACCUCUAAGAUUUACUGAUUCACCACAACAUUAUGCAAGCAAUACAAGUUCUAAUGCACCAACACCAAGCCCUAGAAGAAAAAGUAGCAGCACUAGUAAUGAAGAUAUAUAUAUACAUGAUACUGGAAGAGUUGAUCGAAUGGAAAGAGUACCAACAAUAUAUAUGGGCAAUGUUGCUCCCUUUCCAGAUUAUGGACCUCCAGUAUAUACAGUUGUUCCACCAGAAUAUUAUAGAUCACCAGAACCAACAUAUUUUGUACCUACAGAUUAUCAUAUUAUAUCAUUAAAUAUGGACUUUCAUGCUUGCAAUUGCAAAAAUGUAACAAUUACAGAAGGAAUAUUUGGAGAAAUUUGGAUUGAUGAUAGAGAUCAAAUUUUAUCUGAUGUUAUACCAAAAACGAUAAAAUCAUAUACUAUGGUGAAUACUAAUCGAAUGGAAAUUGUUGUUAUUACUUGGGGUGCUACAAUUGUAUCUUUAAAAUGUCCAGAUAAAUAUGGAUAUUCUGCUGAUAUUGUUCUUGGCUUUGAUAAUAUAAAAGGAUAUACAAAUCCUGUAACAAAUCCAUUUAUUGGUUGUAUAUUAGGCAGAUGUGCAAAUCGUAUUAAAAAUGGACAUAUUACUAUUAGAGGCAGAGAUUAUGAAUUAACAAAAAAUGAUUUUAAUGGAAAACAUCAUUUACAUGGAGGAACAAAUGGAUUUGGUCGUAAAAUUUGGGAUUCAUACAUUGCUGGAUGUUCAGUUGUUAUGAGCUAUUUAAGUCAAGAUGGUGAAGAAGGCUAUCCAGGUGCAGUGUUAACUACAAUAAGAUUUAAAUUGACUUCAGAUAAUAAGCUUGAUAUUUGUAUGAGAACAACAACUUCAAAACCAACAAUAGUGAAUUUAUCACAUGGAUCUAUGUUUAAUUUAGCUGGACAUGAUUCUGGAGAAGCUGAAUUGAGAAAACAUAAAGUACUACUAAAUUGUGAUCGAUGGACAUUUGCGGACUAUACAGAUCCAAUUCCAACAGGUGCUAUACGUGGAGUAGGUGGAACAGUAAUGGAUUUUCGAAUACCUAGAAUUUUAGGAGAAUAUAUGGAAAAGGUACCACCUGGAGAAGGUUAUGAUCAUAAUUUGUGUGUUACAAAAAGUGGACAAUCUGGUAGCUCAUUUGUAGCCAAAGUAUGGCAUGUAAAAAGUGGACGUGCUUUAGAAAUUUAUUCAGAUCAACGUGGAGUACAAUUUUAUACUGGAGGUCGUUUACCACCUCAAAUUAGCCCAGAACUUUUACCUACAUAUGAAUUAUUAGAAGAUAUUGGGGAAAUUGAAGAAAAUGAUGAACUAUAUAAAAGUGAUUAUGAAGAUGAAGAAGAAGAAAUAAAAGUUGAAAAGCAAUAUAAAAAAAUAAUAACUGUGCCUAAAAAAAUAGAAUUUAUUUUGGGAAAAAAUGGAGCUCAAUAUAAAAAGUAUAGUGCUUUCAGUAUCCAACCACAAAAUUAUCCUAAUGCAAUCCAUUAUUCACAUUUUCCGUGUUCUAUAUUAUAUCCUGGUCAAGUUUAUUAUCAUGAUUUGACAUAUAAAUUUGAAGUGCAUCUUGCAAAUUAUAUGUAAUAAUCAAAUCUUUAUAUUUGUAUUAAUUCUUAUUGUUUUAUAAAUUUUAUAUAAUUUAAAUAUUAAUUUCAAAAAUAUUUUUAAUAAAAGUUUUUUCUAAAAUGUAAUAUUAA